AUGGCUAAAUUGAUGCCGCUGGAUGGCGGCUCCUACUAUGUCUGGCAAUAUGUACCAUCCAUGGCCGCCGCGAUCAUCUUUUUGAUUCUUUUUCUCGCUACUACUUCGUAUCAUUUCUGGAAAAUUUUCCAGACCGGAGUGAAAUUCACGCUACCCUUUGCCAUCGGUGGCAUAUUCGAAGUCAUUGGGCUUGCCGCUCGAAUCGAUUCGCACAAUCACACGGACAAACUGAUUCCUUACUGCAUUCAGUCAGUUUUCAUUCUUCUUGGUCCAGCCCUCUUCGCUGCAUCAGUCUACAUGGUACUCGCUCGCAUCAUCCAAAGCGUCCAUGGAGAGAAGUAUUCUAUUGUUCCUUUGAAAUGGCUCACUAAGAUCUUUAUCACUUGUGAUAUUGCCACAUUUGUGCUGCAGGCAGCUGCAUCAGGAAUGAUGGUCAGUAGUAGUCUGGCCAGCAUCGGAAAAGGAGUCGUGAUUACUGGUUUAGCUCUACAAGUGGUCAGUUUUAGCCUGUUCGUUGUUACUGCCUAUAUAUUCUUGAUCAAGAUGCGUGGCAAUCCUACUCCGGAAGUACUCGAGGGUUGUAUACCCUGGAAGCAGCAUCUGAAAAGCCUUUACUCCAUUAGUACGCUCAUACUCAUGCGAUCCAUUUUUCGAGUUAUUGAAUACGCCAUGGGAGAUAAUGGUUACCCGUUGGAGCAUGAAUGGACAUUAUAUGUCUUUGAUUCUGUGCCCAUGUUCACUUCCAUGGUGAUCUUCGGUGUUUGGCAUCCUAGCGCGCUGAAGCCUUUUCUUGGGCAGCAAGUCCCUUCGAACAGUGAGACCAUAGAGAUGAAAGAUCAACUAAAGUCGACAUCGCAAACAUUUGAAUGCUGA